ACCCACCUGCGCCGCGAUUGCGGCGGGGGGAAUACGUCUGUCCCUGUACAGAAAUACAUCACAGAAUUAUCUAGCUCCUGUGCAAAAGAGGUUAUUGCUUAACUGAACAGAAAAAAUGAUAAAGUUUUUUCUUAUGGUGAACAAACAAGGUCAGACAAGACUUUCUAGGUACUAUGAACAUGUGGAACUUCAUAAACGGACCCUACUAGAAGCUGAAGUAAUCAAAAAUUGUCUCUCUCGUUCAAAAGACCAAUGCUCUUUCAUUGAGUAUAAGGAUUUUAAGCUGGUAUACCGGCAGUAUGCAGCCCUUUUCAUCGUGGUUGGAAUCAAUGAGACAGAAAAUGAGAUGGCUGUAUAUGAACUAAUUCAUAAUUUUGUGGAGGUUUUGGAUAAAUAUUUCAGCAGAGUGAGUGAAUUAGAUAUAAUGUUCAACUUGGAUAGAGUGCACAUAAUUUUGGAUGAAAUGGUGUUAAAUGGAUGCAUCGUGGAGACAAACAGGAGUAGAAUUCUUGCACCUCUACUUGUUCUUGACAAAAUGGCAGAAACUUAGAAACAGACAAGCCUGUUGAAGAACAUAUUUUACAAAGGCCAUCCUCUACAGCUAUUUCUUGGGACUUCAGAAGGACAAAUCAUGCAAUAUUCAAACUGAUUGAAACAUGUUGAAGAUGAGUUAAUCAAGAAAUCUAGUAUAUGUCCCAUUUCAUUUUAUCUACCCAACAAAAUACUUGAAUACCAGAAGAUAAAACAAAUGUGAAUAAAAGGGGGAGGGAAACUUAAACAAAGCAGCAAAUUCAGUUGACACAGCAGCUGCCCUUCUUAUAAAUUAAGUAUUUAUUUUGGUAUUUGCAGUUCUAUUAGAGAAAAAUCUUUAGAGUUGUCUUGGAAGUCUGUCUUCAUGUAUCUCUUUGGUUUAUGUACUGUAUUCAUGCCAAAACUAAGGGAGUUGGUGGGGGUGGAAAGGAGCUGAAAAAAUUAGUAUAAUCCCAAAUUAUUUUCUAUGCUUGCUUUAAUAUACCAGUAUAUAUUUUUGUUGCUAUAAGUAUGUAACUUAAGAUCUUGUUCUGCAUCUGUAUGAGCAAUCUUCUGCUGGAUUUCAGCUUCACAGGAACAAAUUUGCUUCUUCAUAGGAGUGACUGGCAUAAAGCCUGUUCACAUUUACUCAGAUUUUAUACUGAAGGGAAUGUUACAAAUUUCUAAGUACUGUGCAAAUUGUAAUCCAAGUAUUGAGGCACUUAAGAACCAUUAUGUUAAUAAAAAUGAACAAAGAUGAUAAAGUAAGAUUUGGAUAAGUCUCAUGCUCAAGAAGCUGCUACUUUGUAAAGUUUAUUUUUUUUAUUAUUUUAAUGCUUAGGUAUUUGCUUCUAAGCAUGAAAAUAAAUACUCUUUCCCCUUAA